UUCUUCUCUUUCUUAGAAAACAGACUUUGGUGUCAGUGCAAGUCUUGCUAGCUCCAUGGGACAGAGGGACGCAUUUGUUGGAACCUACAACUAUAUGUCGCCUGAGAGGAUAAGUGGAAGCACAUACGACUACAGCAGCGACAUUUGGAGUUUGGGGAUGUCAGUGUUAGAAUGUGCAAUAGGAAGAUUCCCAUACUUGGAAUCUGAAGACCAGCAAAACCCGCCUAGCUUUUAUGAGCUUUUGGCAGCAAUCAUAGAGAGUCCACCACCAACUGCUCCUUCUGAUCAAUUCUCACCUGAAUUUUGCUCCUUUGUAUCAGCCUGCUUACAAAAGGAUCCUCCAGCAAGAGCAUCAUCCUUGGACCUAUUUAGUCAUCCAUUCAUAAAGAAGUUUGAGGAUGGAUAUUGAUCUCGGGGUACUUGGUGGAACUCUGGAACCACCUGUUAACUGCCUUAGAUAAGUAAGCCCUCUUUUUUCUUCUGCAUUUUGUAUAUGAUAUGAUAAGAUACAUGAUGUGUAAUGUGUCUGAGUGUCGGAAAAGAUUAUUAUUACUUAAUGAACAAAAAUGGAUGAGAUUUUCCCUUUUAU